AUGGGACAAAACCCUGAUAAAUGUAUAGAAUGUGAUAAUGAAGCCUUUAGCCAGUACUCAAAUGUUAAUGAUAAUCAGAGAAUUCAUAGAGGAGACAAGCCUUAUGAAUGUACACAAUGUGGAAAACCCUUUAGGCAGCAGUCAAAACUUACUAAACAUCAGAAAAUUCAUACUGGAGAGAAGCCUUAUGAAUGUACACAAUGUGGCACAGCCUUUAGGCAGCACUCAAACCUUACUCAACAUCAGAAAAUUCAUACUGGAGAGAAGCCUUAUGAAUGUACACAAUGUGGGAAAGCCUUUAGGCAGCAGUCAACACUUAAACAUCAGAAAAUUCAUACUGGAGAGAAGCCUUAUGAAUGUACACAAUGUGGGAAAGCCUUUAGGCAGCAGUCAAACCUUACUCGACAUCAGAAAAUUCAUACUGGAGAGAAGCCUUAUGAAUGUACACAAUGUGGAAAAGCCUAUUCCCGGAAUUCAACUCUUAUACAACAUCAGAAAAAUCAUACUGGAGAGAAGCCUUAUGAAUGUACACAAUGUGGCAAAGCCUUUAGGUGGACCACAAACCUUAUACAACAUCAGAAAAUUCAUAGUGGAGAGAAGAAUUCAUAAUGUACACAAUGUGCCAAAACCUUUAACUUCAACUCAAACCUUACUGAACAUCAGAAAAUUCAUGCUGGAGACAAGCCUUAUAAAUGUACACAAUGUGGGAAAGCCUUUAGGUGGAGCUCAGCCCUUACCCGACAUCAGAAAAGUCAUACUGGAGAGAAGCCUUAUAUAUUUAACAUAUGUGGUAAAGUGUUUAGUCAUCAGAGCUCCCUUAACCAAUAUGAGAGACAUCCAUCUUUAGAAAAACUGUUGAUUGUGGUGGGAUUAGAUGAAAGGGCUGUGCCUUUGAAGACACAUUCUCACAAUGCUAACUUGACUCCUCAGCAUAUGGUCUCCUGUGAAAAAAACCCAGAGGAGGAGGAGGAACAGGACCAGGAGGAUAUGGCAGCUUCUCAGGUAAAAGAUGUGCCCUGUCCCUGCAUCUGA